ACAAACCUCCUCUCUGAUUUUUAUGAUCGAUUGUAAUACGAGUCUUCUCCCCCUCCACCAAUCUCAAUCCAACCCAGCCUCUCCUCACCAGCUUCCCCCAAAUCGAUCCCCAUCGCUCCGCUCCAUCCAUCCAUGGCGACCCUCACCAUGCAGCCGAUCGGCCCCAGCCCCGCCCCGGCUGCCCAGGAAGACCAGAGGAAGGCGGAGAACCCUGCUGUGGAUGCUGCCGAUUUGAGUGACAUCGACUCGGGCUGGGUUGUCCUUAAGAACUCGGAUAUCGUUUCGGCAGAUUUGGCCGCCGCCGCCGUCAGUGGCGGUCAGCGUCUAGGCUCUUCCACGAUUCCUAGCUGGGUACGGUGGGUUAUUGGAGGCGUGGUGUACACGGUCGUUCCAUUCUACAACAGAGUUAGGCAGCUUGAAGAGGAGACAGUGGAGUUUGUGGAGAAUUCUGUAGAGGUUGUGGAGCAUGUAGCCGAGGCAACAGAGAAGCUAGCUGCAAAUGUGGCCAAGCAGCUUCCUGAAGAUGGGUCUCUGCAGAAAGCAGUGGAGGAGGUUGAGCACAUUGCUGAGGUAGUGGAUGCUGAUGCGGAGAAGGUUGAAGCAGUUGCUGAGAAGAUCGACAAGGUCAGCGAUGAGAUUGACGCUGCUGUGGAGCCUGUCAUCGAGGAGCUUGAAAACGAACUCGAUCAGGGCGCAACGUCCGACAGUGGCGUCAACGCACAGAAGUGAUCAGUGGUCUGUUAGGAGUGCUCCUCAAUGUGCAUAGCGUGUGUACUGUUGUUUUUUCUCCUCUCCUCUCAUUUGAAGCAAUGCUUGUACAUAUGCAUGAUGUUGUAUGAAUUGCACCCGGCCACCAUCAUAGUAGGGUGUGAAGAUUGUGUGCGGGGUGCUCGUAGAUGAAGCCGUGGAGAACUGAAGACAGUUCAGAUGUGGAACUAGAUGAAUAUUCGUGAAUUAUUGGUAUGCUAUCAAAUCAUUACGUAAAUAAAUACAUACUGGCCCGUGAACAUUUACUGA